AUAAAGAUAGUGCUUAGUUUUUCUAGUAUUUUGGAUAGAAUUUUUUAUAUAUUGUUGCACACUAGCAGUUCCAACUAAAGUUAAGCUCACUGGCUGCUAUCCAAUAUGGCAUCAGCUGCACUUAUUCUGUUGCUUCUCCUUGUCGUGCAAUUGCCAUAUUCGAGAAGCUUGUCUUUACAAAGCAGUAGCCCACUUGAAAAUCAAGAAAAAGACAAUGUUGGGAAGUUAGAGGAAUGGAUAUCUUUGAAUGUGAAGCACUACAACAGAAAGAGAGCAGCAAGUUUGAAAUGGAUGCAAGAAUCAGUCAGAAACAGAAAACAACAAGUUCCAGCUAGUAGCCUGGAUCCAAAGCUUAGAAAUGCGGAGAUGAACAAAAUGAUAAUCAGUGUGAGUCAAGACGGAAGUGGCAACUUUAAGACUAUUAAAGAAGCUCUUGCUAGCAUUCCUGUUUAUAACAAGCGUCGGGUCAUAUUGGACAUCAAACAUGGAGUUUAUUGGGAAAAGAUUAACAUUCCAAGAAGUUUGCCAUUUGUGACAUUUCGGGGGGAUAGUAGCGAUCCGCCGAGGAUCACAGGCAAUGACACAGCUGCGGCUGCUGGAACCGACGGCAGGCCAUUGAAGACAUUCCAAAGCGCUACUGUUUCUGUGGAUGCUGAUUAUUUUGUGGCCACUAACGUCAUUUUUGAGAAUACAGCAGCACAUGUGGUAGGGUCGGUGGGAGAACAAGCAGUGGCACUGAGAAUAUCGGGGAACAAGGCAGCAUUUUACGACUGCAGUUUCUACGGAAGUCAAGACACCCUUUACGAUCACAAGGGACUUCACUAUUUCAAUAAUUGCUUCAUCCAAGGCUCUGUUGAUUUCAUCUUCGGCUAUGGCAGAUCCCUCUAUGAGAACUGCCACUUGAACUCGGUGGCAAAGAAAGUAGCGUCCCUGACAGCCCAAAAGCGAACAAAUUCGUCAAUAUUAAGUGGAUUCUCGUUCAAGAACAGCACCAUAACAGGGACAGGUUCGGUUUAUUUGGGAAGAGCCUGGGGUGAUUAUUCCAGAGUAAUAUUUUCUUACACUUACAUGGACAAGAUUGUUCUUCCCCUAGGAUGGAGCGAUUGGGGCAAAACAAGUCGAGACUCGAGAGUUUACUACGGGGAGUACAGGUGCAGUGGACCAGGAGCCAACAUGACAGGAAGAGUGCCGUGGGCACGAAUACUCACCGAUGAAGAGGCCACGCCUUUUAUUGGCACCUAUUAUAUUGAUGGCAAUUCUUGGCUCAUACAUCCCUAGUACUAGUAAAUUUAACUUAUCCUAUAUGUAUCCACCACAAAUUUUAAGUAGUACCUCUAUUAUGUGCAUCACGUAUGAACUUUCUUAUUGCAUCUACACGUUCACAUCUCCGUUGUUGUUUAUGUUGCGAGGCAAAUAACGAAUUUAUUAAUUUGAAUAAAGAAUACAUUAUGUACCGCAUUUAAUUUGUUGUAAAAGAUGCAUCUUAUAAUUUGAUUAUU